GACUGGAUGCUGGUGACAAGGAGAAGAAGAAAAAAACCGAGAAGAAGAAGGACAAGAAGAAGGGCAAAAAGAAGAGCAAGAAGUCCAGCAGCUCCAAAGACUCGUCUUCGUCGGAGGCCAGCUGCCCUUCACAGCCCUCUGUGGAUGGUUUCGAGGACUCCUCCGCGACCUUCGGCUUGUCGAAGAAGGAGAUGACCCGCAGCAUGGAGAUUGCCACGUUGUCGGAGCUGGAACCUAGGCCGCUGGGCUUGGUGCUGUCUUCGGUAACCCCGCUGGUCAUAGCCAAUGAUGUCUUCGAAAUGGGUGGAGAACUCGAGUCGUUGUUGCGAGACAAAGCUUUGACGGCGAAGAAGAACAGGGCCAAGAAAGACCACACGAUGAAAGCCGCCGGCACGAUGUGGAAGCGCAGAAUGGCCGAUUUGGCCCACCAUCUUACCGGCCGCCCGGCAACCUCCGUGCGGCUUUGUGCCGCCAAGACCCUCUUCGAUUGCUCGGCCGUGCUCCGCAACUUGUGCAAGAGGAAGUGUGAUGGGGGCAAAGCUGCCUGGAUGAAGGCACUGGACACUAUCAUGAAGGAUGCCCGCGAGGCAGCCUCGGUGGACCUGAAGAACCACAUGAAGCAGACGGACCGCAAGAACCCCAAGCCUGUUCGUGGCACCGGGCACAAAGACAAGCAGGAGGAAGCUGACCCUGAUCAUUCUGAGAAUGAGAAAGACAGGGAGGAAGCCAGCCCAGAGGCUGCACCGUAUGCCAGCUCCGAGGGGGAGCCGGAUGGGGAGCCGGAUGGGGAGCCGUCGGACGACGAGGACGUUUUCAAGGGGGACUUCGCCGUGCCUAAGGGUUCCGGGGAGAGCGCCUUGCCGAAGCUCCCGGCCAAAAUGCAGGCCAGCCUUGAGAAGAUUAGCCGUGAGGUCCUGGACACUUUGCCCACGGAUCUCUCCCAGGCCGAUGUUGGAUAUUGGGUUGCCUGCCUGGAGAAGGAGGGCUUGCUCGAGAUGAAUCAUUUCGAACUCGGGCUCGAAGGUUGCCUUUCGAACCACCUGGGAGUGGGCAAGCCCCACUUUGCAAAGAUGUCUUUGAGGGCCCGAAAGCUCUUUGAUUCCUGGGCCGAGAAACUGCCCGGUGUGAUUACCCGUGCUUCCGCAUGCCGGCAGCAUUCGUUGUGCCUUCACCCCGAAACUGUCUCGAAAGCUUGCAGCCUGUACCAGCUCCGAGGAACCGGAACCGUUGUCGACACCGGGCCGCCGCACAGCUGCUGCGAAGCCAACCACCUGAGUGGCCGAUUCCCGGUGUGA